AAAAAAAUCUGAGCAGGCUCUCUUAUUUGUAACCAUAGAUGUUCUAUUAUUUUAUGUCAUUUUUUUGAAAAUUAAAGAAGUCAUUCCAAAGUAUUGAAACUAAUUUGUGAAGAAAAGUAUUUCAAAAUUUUUUGUGAAUCCUCGUCAGGAUGUCUACUCCGAGUAGAAGAAGUAAACGAACAGCUCAACUUAUUUUAGCCGCCAUCACUGAUAUGGCAGAAAAUAACGGAUCUUCAAUACAAGCUAUAUGUGAUCACAUCAGCGAGCAAUACGCUGUUCCUGAACGAGACUUUAAAAAAUAUGUACAAACUGCUAUAGAAAAAGGAGUUGCAUUCGGAGCUAUUAAAAAAACGAGGGGACGGAAAUAUUUGAUUGGGGAUGUCUUAGAAAAAAUACGAUCGGGUCGAAGAAGAAGCAGAACUAGGAGUCGAAAAAGAAGGAGAAGAAGAAGGUCAAGGAGAAGGAGAAGAAGAAUUUAGUGAAAAAGAUUAAUUACUUGUGGCCGUUUUUUUAAAAUAUUUUUUGAAGUUCUUUAAAUAAAUUUAUUUUGUAACGCAAUAUUUGAUGGAAUAUUAUGCUGGGCACCGACAUUGGCUGGAACAUCAGCAAAUCAAUCAUGUCCUAGUCAAAAAGGAAUUGGCUUUUCGGACGUGUUUGAUAAAUGGGAAAUGGGAAUCAAAUAAUUUCACAAAGGACACCUCAAACGGUUACACGAACUAUGAAAAUUGUGUACCACCUCAUGGUCGAGAUCUUUUUAAGAUGUGUCGAGAGAUGGAUGAAUGCAUAGAGAUUAUCGAAAAAACUAGAAUAAUUGAGUUUGUUGGAUUAUUUUUAUCGGUUUUUUCACUGGUUAUUUCACUGAUUAUUUUCUACAGAUACAGAGUGUUAAGGAAUAAUCGUACUACAAUACAUAAAAAUUUAUUUUUAGCCACAACUAUACAAAUGACUACGAGACUAUGUUUCUAUAUUGAUCAUAGUUUUGGGAUGAAAGGAAUUAAGGAAACGGAAUAUCUUUGCGAAGCGUGCAUAAUUUUAUUGGAAUACACCAAAACAGCAAUGUUUAUGUGGAUGUUUAUAGAAGGUCUUUAUCUGCAUAACGUUAUAACGGUAGCGGUGUUUCAAGAGCACUUUUACAUAAAACUCUACUUUUAUUUGGGAUGGGGUGUUCCAUUAUUUAUUGUAACCAUUUGGACUUUAGUUAUGUUAUUUUCUGUUGUUAAUACUGGAUGUUGGUUCCUUUACAACUUUAUGCCCCAUUAUUGGAUACUCGAAGGUCCGCGAUACACGGUGAUCAUCCUCAAUAUGAUUUUCCUAUUGAAUAUUAUCCGCGUUCUAGUGGUGAAGUUGAGGAAAAGCAAAACUAGCGAAAUCGUACAAGUUCGAAAAGCGGUUAGAGCUGCUAUUUUUCUUUUACCUUUAAUGGGGAUUGCGAACAUUCUAUUUAUAGUCGAUUACAAACUCUUUAAAAAAGCUUGGAAAUUCGCGUUGUGGUGCUACACAACAUAUUUUAUUACUACGUUUCAAGGGUUUUUUGUUGCUGUGCUUUAUUGCUUUUUAAACGAAGAAGUAAGAACAGCAGUUAGUCACAGCUUUUCAAUUUAUAUGAUGUUAAGGAAGGACAAAAAAUAUGCCAAUCGAGGAUCAGUUGUGGAUACGAAUUUAACUGCAUUAGGAUAUUCAGAUCAGUAGAGUAAUAUCAAUAAAAACGUAGUAAAAAUAUACGUAGUCAAUUAAAAGAUAAUAAAAUGUAGAAAUUAAUGAAGCUUCGUUAAUUUAAA